AUGAUUCAGAAAUAUGGAAUUCCUAUAAUCGAUUCAGACGUAUUGGCCCGUGAAGUAGUACAACCUAAAAAACCGGCAUAUGAAUUAAUAGUAAAACAUUUUUCUAAAGAAAUUCUUCUUGAAGAUGGAACUUUGGAUAGGGCAAAAUUAAAAGACAUCAUUUUUUCCGAUGAAAGCCAGAGAAAACUCUUAAACAAAUUUACACAUCCGUAUAUUAGACGAGAAAUAUUGAAAUCCGUAUUUCGGUAUUGGAUCACCGGGAAAAAAGCUGUAGUGUUAGACACACCAUUAUUGAUUGAAGGAGGGAUUCACAAAUUUAUGAGCUAUGUUUUUGUAGUUUAUUGUUCCGAACAAAUUCAGCUAAGUCGUUUAAUGAAACGAGAAGAUAUAUCAGAAUCUACCUCCAAGCAGUAUAUUUCUGUUCAAAUGCCUCUGAAGGAAAAGAUAAAAUUUGCUGAUUUUGUUAUCGAUAAUUCUGGUGAUUUAUCUGAGACAGAACAUCAAGUUGUCAAUAUAUUAAGUAAAGUAAAACCAUCAUUGUGGAGUUGGUUGCUAAUUUGGUUGGGUCCUCCUUUGUUAUUUACUCUGUCUAUUAGCUAUGUAGUGGCACAAGUCACUAAAUGA